AUGUCGGAAGGGUCGUUGCCAGUCGACAACCCAUUCGUUGACCCAUCCCUCCACGAAACACCAUCGGCGCUGCAAGGCGAGGCUACGCUUUUCGUCUCCGAAGAUGCCUCGCUAACCCUUGGAGCCGAUGCGACAAUUAUUCUGGACGAUCGCUUCGUACACAGAGAGGCCGCCAACUGUUGUGGACUACUGCCGACCAGUAGGUUCACUCCGCCGCCAACCCUUCCCUGCCUGCUAAACCCAAACUCCAGGANNUCAAAGACGACUCAUUCCAUUCCUUACUACAACAUCCUUGACGCUUCGCUACAUGGUCUCGAGUUGACCAUUCAACAUGCUCUGCCAACUUCAAAGAACUCUUGUCGUCCGUCCACCAUCUCCUACACACUUAUCGAUAAAUCAUCCAUCAAUGCCGCCAAGUCAUGGCUGGCCAAACUACUCGACAUGGCAUACGGCAACUCGCAGAGGUACAAGAGAAUCAAGGUCUUGGUCAAUCCUUUUGGUGGUCAAGGAGCCGCCCAAAAGCUGUACACCAGCGAGGUCGAGCCUCUCUUCAGAGCUGCUGGCUGUCACUUCGAUGCACAAGAAACGUCACACUCUGGUCACGCCAUUGACAUCGCUCGACAACUCGACGUAGAUGCCUAUGAUGUCGUAGCAUGUGCUUCUGGCGAUGGUCUGCCUCACGAAGUCUUCAACGGCCUCGCCCAGCAACCAAAGCCAAGGCGUGCUCUGCGAACAGUCGCCGUCGUCCAGCUCCCUUGCGGAUCAGGCAAUGCAAUGUCCAUCAACCUUAACGGCACCAAUUCGCCCUCUUUUGCUGCUCUGGCCAUUGUCAAGGGUGUACGCACACCACUAGAUCUCAUGGCCGUCACACAAGGAGAGAAGAUGUACUGGAGUUUCUUGAGUCAGGCCGUGGGCAUAAUAGCAGAUUGCGACUUGGGAACCGAGAACAUGAGGUGGAUGGGUAGUGCCAGAUUCACAGUCGGCAUCUUGAUCAGACUCCUUGGAAAGACCGUAUACCCAGCCGAGCUCGCCGUCAAGGUAGACAUUGGCGACAAGGAAGCCAUCAAGUCUGCCUACAGAGACGCCAGGAACCAAAGUCACGACAUCUCUGGCAAAAGAGAGUGGGAAGCACAUCAAGAUUUAGAUGGUGACAAGGAUACUUCACUCCCCGCCCUUCGUUAUGGAACUGUACUCCAGGAUGUGCCCGCGGACUGGGAAAAGUCGUCCAAGCCCACAUUAGGCAACUUCUACUGCGGCAACAUGGCAUACAUGUCGGCCGAUACUCCCUUUUUCGCCGCUACUCUGCCUUCCGACAACCACAUCGACAUGGUCGACGUCGAUGGGACCAUCCCGCGCCACAAAGCAAUCGAAAUGAUUACAGGCGUCGAGAAUAACAAGACGUUUGAUAUGGAUGUCGUCAACUACCGCAAGGUCAGUGCCUACCGCAUCAGUCCAAAGUUGCGACCCGGUCAAAAGACCGGAUACAUCAGUAUAGACGGAGAAAGGGUACCUUUUGAGCCCUUCCAGGUGGAGGUUGUGGGUGGCCUGGGCACAGUAUUGAGUCGAAACGGAGCUGUCUAUGAGUUCGAGGGCCCAAAAUAG